CUACAAGCAGGGCGUAGAAGAAAAAAGAAGCCGACAGCAGCUGAUGAAAAUAAGGAAGUAAACGCUGUCGGACAGGCGCUGGAGUCCCAUUUUUGUUUUUGUUUUUUUGUUUUUUUACUGCUGUAAAGUGAAAACACGUCAGUCGACAGCUCGGUAAUAGAAUUCCAGACACGACGGGCUGUGCUAAGGAAGUUAGCCGUCAAGCUAAUUCUCCCACAUUUUCUCUAAAACAAGCCCCCCCAGACAGGAAAAAGACAAAAAACAAAACGAGAGAAAGGUGGACAGGAAGACACAGACGAAAUUUAUAAUCAGCCCACCAUGGACCGCAAAGGGGAAGAACCAGUGGGGCAGAAACACGAAGAGUUGCCCCAGAUGGACGGUUCGUGUGAUGCCUGCGAGCCUGAUGAGGCCCAGCCAGCGACACAAGUGUGCCACACCUGCAGCUUCGCCUUCUGCCCACUUCAUGCUGACAGACACGCCAGCAACACGCGUCACGUGUUGAUGCCUUACCACUAUGAUGGAACAGAGGCUAAUGGUCUUGGCACAAACAGGGACUCCACAGUUGGAGGCGAGGAUGAGGCCAGAGCAGAGGGGGCCGCUGGAAUUGCUUCAAAUCAGGGCAUGGUAGGCCUUGGAGUCGCAGUGGCUAAUGGCAAUGAGGGUGGAAACGCUCAGGAAGGAGAAGCGGCUCAGAAUUCGCCACCUCUGGAAGUUGAGCUGGGUGAAGGAGCUGAGGGUGCAGAGGCCGGACCAGAGGCCGUGGCUGCCGGAGAGGCUGGGAAGAAGGACACUGUGACAGUAGAGAGACUCCGCUGCAAGGAGCAUGGGCAGGAAGGCUCCCUCUACUGUAAACAUGAUGAAAAGAUCAUCUGUGUGGUGUGUGCUGUCCAGGGUGAGCACAGGGAACAUGAGAUCAUCACUCUGCAUGAGGCCUACGUGUGGCAGAAGAGCAGGCAGGGUUAUGACCUGCUGGGCUGUACACAACAGAUGGCUGAGAAGAUCAAGACUAAAUGGACCAACCCCGAGAUGUCAACAGAGGAGCUUGAAGAAUAUGUCAACAGUCAGUUCGACGAGCUCCGCAAACUGGUGCGUCUGGAGGAGAAGAGAUUCCUCCACCUAGUGGACCUUAAAGAAGCCUUCCUCACAGCGUCUGCCGCUGAGAAAAUCGCAGAGAUCACAGUCGAAACUGAAAAACUGCAGGAAGAGAUGGCGAACAUCACACACCAGCUGUGCCUGCUAGAACAGGCCGAGGCAGUAGGUCCUGCGGUGGCAGUAGAGGCUCUUGUGGCAGCCCCUCGACCAGCCCACAGAGCACCGCGCGACAUUGAGGCCAGGCCAAGGCUGCCGGAGCCAAGGGCGAACCCCAUGAACCCGCGGGACUUGGAAGACAAUGAUUCGGGGCCAUCUAUGGACCACGCCCCCUGAUACAAGCCAGACCAGACUCUUGCUACAUCCACCUGUCCUUCACUGUCUGCUUCAGCCAGCCGUCAGCCCCGUCGUGCUGUCAGACCGGCCUUCUUUCUGUCACUCGUCUCCCCUUUCCCUGCCUCCCCCGCCCUCCCUCUCAGCGCCUGCUGGCAGUGAACUGACCUUGAAGAAGGCUGGUGUGACAAAUAUGGAUGGCCACGUCUUUUCUACUCAAACUUUUUAAAUUCCUCACUAGCUACUAACUUUCUUUAAUUGAGGCACGCAAGUUAUGUGCAAUCAAUUACCAUCAGGCUCAAUUUCCACAGCCAGUCAGAUCCUUGGCUUUACUGGCGAGCCUGGCUGACUCAGAGAGGAGCCUGGGUAGGCAGCCGAGCAGAGCAUCUGUUAAGCCCGACAGAUGACAGAAACGGGAAACUUGGUGACACGGUUGCUCUUCACUCCUUCGUUCGCGGUAUCGUUUUGCUUCUGCCAUCAUGACAAACACUCUGGACACUCUCAGAUAUAGAAAGAAAACAUUUCUCAGAUGCCAUGAUGCCUGAAAUCACUGAGAGAACAUAUUACAAAGGUGUUCUGGGUGUUAUAUUUUGAUUGUAAAACAUUUAAAGUGUCUCUUGUGCUUUCUGUCAUUCUGCUGCUUUCGCCAUACACCCUGCUGAGUCUUAAUGCUUGUAGAUUUGUGCACACUUAUUCAUGUUCUUGACAGAUCUGUUAUCAAAACCGGGGGACAUUUUGACACCUAUUGACUGGGGAAUGUUCCUGAGUCUUUGUCAGGUGAAAGUCGAACUGCAUUUUGACUGCAGAAUAGCACCACGGCAGUAUCAGCGUUUCUCGGUACUGUAAUGUAAAAGCUCAUUACUGCAGGCCAAUCUGCAGCACAUGACAGAUUACAGUCCAGACAAGUGUAUGCACUUUCUACCUUGACCCGCUCAGCUACAGUUUUCAUUUAUGAUGUACUGCCACGAGUCUGUCUAUAUCAGCAGUUUGUUUUUAAUGUGAUUGAUUCUGUUGCCUUAAACUCGGAAUUGAAAGCAGUGUCACCCAUAAUAUGUGGGACAGGUUUGACAACGACAUGACUUCGCUGCUGUAGCACUGCACUAAAAUGCACUGAGAAUUGUGUACCUACCCAAGGGAAAUGUUGAUGUGUCAACAGCCUAUUGAAAAAAAUCCGCGAGAGCUUAUUCUUUUUUCUUGUGUAACAAAAGACUAGAGUCUUGACUGUCUGAUGUUUCCUCUCGUUUAUAUUUGUCUAUUUUUAUCUUUAAUCUAUAAAUAAACAGCCUGUUUCUUAUACUGGAUGCAGGAGAGGACACUGUC